AUAAAAUCAAAUACAAAUACAAAUACAAAGAAAAAGUGCAAAAGCUUGGCUGUAGUCGUGUGGUACGUGUUUUAUUUAUUGGCCAGCUGCAUUGUGUGGGUGCAAUGGCAACAUUCACCCGGAAGUGAUUUGUAUAAGGCAAGAGUCGCUGAAAUUUCACACCGACACUACAAAAUACCCAACAGCACCCCCCGCUCCCCGCCAGCAACGACGACGCUACUGCCCACGCAAAGCAGCAAAGCAAAAAGACAAACGGAAAUUGUUGCCAGAAUCGUUUGCUUGCAAUGAAGACAUGUGAAAAUUACAACAAGCAGCCAAAAGUUAAUUAAUGCUGCGCCAUUUGCAACUGCAACCAAGUGCGCGCCAGCUACAGCAAUAAAAAGUUGAAACAAAAGUAAUUAAAAGCCCAGCAACACACUAACGCUUAACGGCUAACGGAGUGGAGCAGAGCAUGCGACAAGCAGAUUGCUGAGUUGCGGCAAACAGCAGCGACCACGUAGCACACAACAGUUGAUUGAAUGGCCAAACGCCAGCUGACGCUGCCUGCCACAAACAGCUAUCAGCUAAUAAGUAGCUAACAGCCCAGAAAAACCGGAUAGAGGACCAAAGAGCACAAGGCCAACGCCACAGCACAGCCGACAACAUGCAAAAGGAGAACAAUGUGGCGGCAGAGAACUGCCAAUUCGUGGGGCCCUAUCGCCUGGAGAAGACGCUCGGCAAGGGUCAAACGGGUCUUGUCAAGUUGGGCGUGCAUUGUGUAAUGGGCAAGAAGGUUGCCAUUAAAAUAAUCAAUCGCGAGAAACUCAGCGAAUCGGUGCUAAUGAAGGUUGAACGUGAAAUUGCCAUUAUGAAACUAAUCGAUCAUCCGCACGUGCUUGGCCUGAGCGAUGUGUAUGAGAAUAAGAAAUAUUUAUAUCUGAUAUUGGAGCACGUAUCUGGUGGCGAGCUCUUUGAUUAUUUGGUUAAAAAGGGUCGACUAACGCCCAAGGAAGCGCGCAAGUUCUUCAGGCAAAUCAUCUCCGCUCUCGACUUUUGUCAUUCACACUCCAUAUGCCAUCGCGACUUGAAGCCCGAGAAUCUGUUGCUAGACGAGAAGAAUAAUAUCAAGAUAGCGGACUUUGGCAUGGCCUCGCUUCAGCCGGCUGGCAGCAUGUUGGAAACUUCUUGCGGAUCUCCACAUUACGCAUGUCCCGAAGUCAUAAGGGGCGAGAAGUACGAUGGACGCAAGGCGGACGUUUGGUCAUGUGGUGUCAUACUCUAUGCACUGCUUGUGGGUGCGUUGCCCUUUGACGACGAUAACUUGCGACAGCUGCUGGAAAAAGUCAAACGCGGCGUCUUUCACAUACCGCACUUUGUGCCGCCCGAUUGCCAAAGCUUGUUGCGUGGCAUGAUUGAAGUGAAUCCGGACAGGCGUCUAACGUUGGCUGAAAUAAAUCGGCAUCCUUGGGUCACGGCUGGCGGCAAAGGUGAACUCGAACUGGAGCUGCCCAUGAUGGAGGUAGUGCAGACACAUGUCAUACCCACGGCAACGGCUGUGGAUCCGGAUGUGCUUAAUGCCAUAUGCUCGCUGGGCUGCUUCAAAGAGAAGGAUAAGCUCAUACAGGAGCUGCUCAGCGCCACUCACAAUACCGAAAAGGUUAUUUACUUUUUGCUGCUGGAGCGAAAGCGACGCCGGCCCGCGCUGGAGGAUGAUGAGGAGAUAGCGCAAAAGUCGCGCAGCGAGCUGGAGGCAGUGGAUCCGCCACGCAAGCGACUCGACAAGUGCCGUAUCAAUGGCACCAACGGGCCCAGCUAUGGACAGAUCUCGGAGGGUUCACCGCUCACGCCGCGACGUCAGGCCUUCAACUUCCGUUCGUACAGCAGCACGCGCAACCAUCAGCGUCGCUCACCCACAACUGUAUCCUCGUCUGUGCGCAGCUCGUCAUAUCACAGCCCCACGCGCUGCAAUUCGCCCAUGAGCUCCACACAACAGCAGGCCAAUGCCAUAUCGCGGCCUUCCUCGCCAGCGGCGGGCACACGCCAUUCAACCUAUGGCGAUCGCGACCGCUCUGGAUCGGUGCAUCAUCCGUCGGUCAGUCGAACGCCUUCGCACAGCUCACAGAAGAGCAUCGAGGGCGAUGUGGUUGUGGUGCGUGAGCCGCGUCUUGAGCGACGGGACUCGACGCGACAGUCACAGGAUCGUGGCAUGGGCAACGGCGAACGCAGCUCUAUGCGCGAUAGGGAUCGUGGAGAUUGCAUGGGACCGCCUGGUAGUCCGGGCGGCAACUCUGUCAACCAUUCUUCAGCAGCGUCGCCGUCAGUGCAUCAUCGCGCCAACUCAGGUCCGACCAUUGCGAUUAGUAUGUUCCACGAUCCAGAUUCGAAUAGUGUUGUGAAUCCUAAUGGCUCGCCAAUGAUGAACAAUAGCAAUGCCGGCAUGCCUGGCUCACCCUGCAAUACACCUGGUGGUCAACUGUGGAAGACGCGACUGACCAAUAUCAAGAACAGUUUCCUGGGCAGUCCGCGAUUCCAUCGCAGAAAAAUGCAAGUCUCUGCUGAUGAGGUACAUCUAACUCCCGAAUCUUCGCCGGAAUUGACAAAACGAUCUUGGUUUGGAAAUCUAAUAACCACGGAGAAGGACGAAACCUUUACUAUACUAGUCAAAGGCAAACCUAUUGCUACAGUUAAAGCGCAUUUGAUUCAUGCAUUUUUAUCUAUGGCUGAACUAUCGCAUAGUGUAGUAUCGCCUACUUCCUUCAGAGUGGAGUAUAAGCGCAAUGGCAAUGGGCCUGUGAUGUUUCAACGCCAUGUUAAAUUUCAGGUGGACAUUAGUGCCAUAUGCAAACAAGGUGAUAUAGCGGAUAUGCUGUUCGCUCUAACUUUUACGCUACUAUCAGGCAAUAUACGCCGUUUUCGUCGCAUUUGCGAGCACAUACAGUCUCAAGUAUGUUCGAAGCGUUUCCCAGGUCCCAGCAGUCCGCCAACGGUUACUUCUGUAACGCAGGCAGUCUCGGAAAGCUCCUCAUGUGGCUCCGUUUCCAGCGAACGACUGUCUUAUAAGCGACAAGUGAUUGAAAAUGAUGUGGAAAACGAUUCCAUAUUUUCAUAUAAAACUGGCAAUGGCAGGCGCGCCUCAACCACAAACAACAAUAAUGCCAAUCCCGUGGAUAUACCAGGCAGUCCCAUUGCAGUGCGGUCAAACUCCGAGACAGCUGAGCAUGAACGCAACCGGGAGCUGCAGAGUGAGCGCCAGGCGACAACUAUGUCCGGUAGUGCAAUCGCAUGAGAAUUAUUUCUCUGAUUUAGUUACAUUUUUCCCAAGAAUAUUUGUUUUGAUACUCUACGCAAUACAACCAAAUACGCUAUAUACUAGAAAUACUCAAAACUCAAUGAGAAACGAAUAUAAACUGUAACAGUAUUUCCAACUCAAACACACACAACUGUCUGAACAUUUUCUGCAACUAAGCAAGCAAUAAUAGUUUAAUAAAUAGCAGGCCUGAAUUAAUUCCAAUCAUUAUAAUCUUCAGCUAACGUUUAAUGAAAUAGCGCAUUUGCCAGCUGCUGCAGCUUUUCAGCUAAACUUUUGAUUGUCUUAAAAGUAAUUUUGAAACAUUUAUUUUUAAUGAGUUUCUUUUUUAUGGACAUUGUUGCCGCCGCGCCUAAAAAUAUACACUAAUACACUAAACCAACUCGAAAGUAAAACAAAAAACACCGUGUAGUAAAUAAAUACAAAAUAUUUGCAAAUUAUUGAUCAUGCAAACAGUGUUUACCAAAAGUUUUUGAAUACGCUUUAGCUUAAGGCUCAAUGUUAUUAUAGAGUUUUUUCAUAAAUCUAGUCUAAGCUUGAUGCUAAAAAUUAAACUAAACGCUAAUAAUUUGUAUAUUGUGUAAAAAACCAAAAAUUAUAUUAUUCACAAAGAAUGCACUGAACAAAAUCCAAAAGAAGAACGAAUUCCAACAAUUUUUUAUAUAAUAAGCGUUGCUGUUUUUCUAAGCUAGAUCAACAAAAACCAAAAACAACAAAGUACUCAACAACGCAAACUAUUUUUCCUAAAGACAAACCUAAUGAAAAUAAUGAAUAAUGGCAGACUUGAAAGUAAAAUGUGCAAGCAGGACGAUCAUGAAUGUGUUGUGUGGUAUGAUGAACAGAUUAAGUGUUCAGCAAUAUGCAUACGUAAGAAAUUAAAUCAUAAAUUAUAUAAACAGUGGGUAAAUUGUAUAAAAACAUAAGCAGUUAAGUGAGUAGAUUGUUCAAGCAGCCGAGCUGUGCGUCUAGCGAAAAAAUUAAAAUCCAAGUAUAAUAUUUGACUUAAGCAUUUUUGUAUUAAUUGAGAAAACUUCUUAUAGAACCACAUGCUUGGGUUAGUUCCAGCAAGCUGUCCACAAAUGCACAAAUAACUCUUCUUAUAACUAACUAACUAAAAUAUCAGCAAAUGUUUUUUUUCCAAAGUAUCUUAAGCAUAACUAGAUUCGAACGUACAAUUUUGAAUAAUUUCAAUCAUGCAUUAUACGAUAUGUUGCAACUAAAAGACUUGAUGAAAGAAUAUGAAGCGAAAACAAAAGCAAAAGCAAAUCCAAACAAAAACCGUCCAUUUUUCCAGUUUAAACUAGAGAGCGCUCAGCUCGGCGACUUGAACAAUUCGUAUAUGAGAGCAAGGUAUUAAAACCAAUAUGUAUGUAUAGUAGAUAUAUACACUGAAGAAAACUGUAAAACAGCAAUAACUAGCAACAAACAUUUGAAUUUUUGCAGCAUACACAAAACGUGAUUAGAUUAAAUAAAUAUAUACUAUAUACCGCAUUAAAUACAUAAUAAAAGUUAACGAUUUACUACAUAGCAAGAAAGAUAUAAAACUUAAGCAGUUUGCAUUACAUUCUAAUUAGCGAAAAAUGUAAAAAGUAACAAAAUAUACAAUAUAUGUAAUCAUUAUGAUAAAAA